AUGAUUAACCUGGAAAAUAUUGAACAUAAUAAAUGCAUAAAAUCAUUUAAGCAAAAAAUUAUAUUAAAACCGUAUCCGUCAUCAUUUGCAUCAUCAAAUAGUUGGUCAAAUAAAGAUCUUGAUCCUGUACCACCUCAAGAACGAUCAUGGUCAAAUCCAUUUUAUGUCAUUGCCUAUUGGAUAUCAGAUGCAUUUACAAUAUCAACAUGGUCAAUGGCUAGCUCAAUGAUUGCAUUAGGUUUAAGUUGGAAAGCAGCAUUUGCAGCUAUUGUUAUUGGACAUUCAAUUAUUGCUAUACCUAUUUGUCUGAAUGGAUGGGCUGGUGCAUAUUUACAUGUUUCAUUUCCGGUGCUCACACGUGCAUCAUUUGGUAUGAUUGGCAAUUGUUUUGUUGUUGUAUCGCGUGGUUUUUUAGCAAUUAUAUGGGGAGCAGUUCAAACUUAUAUCGGUAGUGAAUGUAUUAAACAAAUGGUUAAUGCUAUUUGGCCAAGUUUUCAAACAUUUCCAAAUCAUUUACCAAAAAGUGCAAAAAUUACAUCAGCUGGUUUAUUAUCAUUUUUAAUUUAUUUUCUUAUACAAUUACCAUUUGUGUUAAUGCCAAUGAGAAAAAUAAAAUGGUUAUUUGUUGUUAAAACAAUCGUUAUGCCAAUAGCUACAAUAACCAUACUUGUAUGGGCUUUGAAAACAGCAGGUGGUACAGGACCAAUUUUAGCACAACCAGGUGUACUUGAAGGACGAACAAUGAUUUGGGCGUGGUUGUCAUCAUUGAAUUCAGUAUUAGGUAGUUUUGCUACACUAUCAUGUAAUAUUGGUGAUUUUACACGUUUUGCACGUAAACCAAGUAAUACGUGGAUACAAGCACUGAUUAUUCCCUUCGCAUUUUCGGCAUUUGGACUCAUUGGUAUUCUUGUUUCAUCGGCAUCAGCUAUAAUUUACAAUGAAGGUAUCAUAUGGGAUCCAACAAUUUUGAUUGGACAUUUUGAUUCAAGAGUAGCAAAAUUUUUUGCUGCUUUUACAUUUGCACUGGCUACACUCGGUACAAAUAUAUCAGCAAAUACCAUAUCAGCAGCGAAUGAUCUUUCAGCUAUGUUUCCUAAAAUAUUUAAUAUUCGUCGUGGUUCAUUUGUGGCAAGUCUUUUAGCAUGGAUAUGUGUACCGUGGUAUAUACUUAGUAGUGCAGAAGGUUUUCUUGCAUUUAUGAGUAGUUAUAGUAUUUUUCUUGGUCCAAUUGCUGGAAUUAUGGUUUCCGACUUUUGGCUUGUUCGUCAUGUUGGUCGAAUUCAAACACCAGAACUUUAUCGACCACAUGGAAAAUAUUGGUAUUGGAAAGGAUGGCAUUGGCGAGCAUAUGUAUCUCUGAUCUGUGGUACAACACCUAAUUUACCAGGAUUUCUUCACCAAAUAUCACAAUCAAUUAAAGUUGGUAAUGCCAUUUAUAUUUUUUAUGUUGGUUGGUUAAAUUCAUUUAUUAUUAGCUUAAGUCUUUAUUGGUUACUAUGGAAAAUUUGGCCAGCACAUGAUAUAGGUGAAGCGAUACUUAUUGACGAUGUCAUUGAUUCGAAUGAUGGUAUCGACAAAAAUAAAACUAUAAACGAAACUGUUGUAAUGACGAAGAAACCCUCAGAAAAUACCGACCUCGUAAAACAUUUUUUUUGA